GAUUGGCUUCGCUUGGGUAUGGUAUCGACCGUUAAUCGGUCUCUGUUUAGCAUUAGCAUCUGUUCUGCCAUUUAUUUAUUCGAUAGUGACGUCAGGAUCUUCGGCUCAGCAACAUGAUAAUUAUAGAAGUUGGCCAGCUUGGUUCGAUGUAAAAAAAAAAGAAUGCGACACAUCGCCAAACGUCAAAAGCGAAGAUGGCGGCGAAUGGCGGCGUACGGUUGCUGCUCCUUGUAGUUCUCUGUAUUUUUCCCACGGAAUUAUGCAAUGGCGCGGCGACGGACAUCGAGUUGGAUGCCAAGGCGCAGCUGUUGCACCGGCUCGACAGCCUCAAUCUUCUCCUCUAUACUUUUCUACUGAUUUUAACCGUUCUAACGAUAUGGAUGUUCAAGCACCGCCGCCUAAGGUUCCUCCAUGAAACUGGACUGGCUGUCAUCUAUGGUUUAAUUAUUGGAGCGAUAAUACGCUAUGGUUUCACGACAAGUAGUACUAUUUUGCACAUGCCGGUGGUUCCAGACAACACGAGCAAGUACAAUCAGUCUGUACCACCAGAUUCGUUAUGGCUACGUUUCCCCGAAGACAAAGGCGGCGGUAUCGUGAAAAACAAAACGUUUGCAUAUUCAUUUCGUGGUGAAAUCUACAAGGAAGAUAAUGAAAUUGACCUGAAGGCGACUUUCGAUCCUGAAAUAUUUUUCAAUAUUAUACUACCUCCCAUUAUUUUCCAUGCAGGAUAUAGCUUGAAGCGGAGAUACUUCUUCAGAAAUUUGGGUGCAAUUCUUAUGUAUGCUCUGAUAGGAACUUCUAUAUCAGCUUUCGUUAUUGGAGCUCUGAUGUACGGUUUUGUGCAACUGAUACCGCAUCUUUCUACGUCGUUCACGUUUCUCGACACCCUGUACUUUGGCGCUCUGAUAUCUCCCACGGAUCCCUUGACAAUAAUAUCCAUUUUCAAUGACUUACACGUGGAUGUUAAUCUGUACGCUCUAGUCUUUGGUGAAAGUGUGUUGAACGACGCGGUCGCCAUUGUACUUAGCGGCUCGAUACAGAAUUAUGCCGAGCGAUAUCAGUCAGGAUCAGGCGGUUUCGAGACAGUGGCAUUCUUUCAAGCGUUUGGAGACUUUGUAGGAAUAUUCAGUCUGUCUCUAUUUAUCGGUGCUACCAUGGGUUGCAUUACUGCCUUACUGACAAAGUUUACCAGGGUGCGGGACUUCCCUCUCUUAGAAUCGGCGUUAUUCGUCUUAAUGUCCUAUAGCACGUUCUUAAUCGCUGAAGCUACCGAUCUUACAGGCGUGGUUGCUGUUCUAUUCUGUGGAAUCUGCCAGGCUCAUUAUACGUACAACAAUCUGAGCCCCGAUUCGCGUCAGCGCACGAAACAGCUGUUCGAAUUGCUGAAUUUCUUAGCCGAAAACUUCAUAUUCAGUUACAUCGGCGUCUCGAUGUUCACUUUCCCGAAGCAUCAUUUCGAUCCCGGCUUCAUCUUUGCGGGAUUUCUAUGUGCAUUAUUAGGUCGUGCGGCUAACGUGUAUCCGUUAUCUUUCAUCCUGAAUCUGGCGCGAAAGCCAAAGAUAUCGUUGAAUUAUCAACAUAUGUUAUUCUUCGCGGGAUUACGCGGCGCCAUGAGUUUUGCCCUCGCCAUCAGGAACACCGUGUCAGAUGCUAGACAGGCUAUGCUCACCACGACGAGUUUGAUCGUUAUACUAACGGUUAUUCUGCAAGGUGGUGCAACGACGCAAUUUUUAAGUUGGUUUAAUAUACCAGUUGGAGUUGACGAGGAAAUAGAAGGGCUCUCUCACAAUGGAACACGUAAUUCUGGCGGCGAGGUUGGCUACGAUGAACUGGACGUACGUAGGGAAAGAAGUCUGUAUAAUUCUAUACAGGAUGGAGCAUUGCCAGGCAGUAGCGGCUCCGCGAAGCCUAACGAAAAAGCGUUACUUGCUAGGAUCUGGGGCGAUUUCGAUACCAAGUACAUGAAGCCUUUGUUGACGCACUCCAGGCCUACGUUGCUAGAAACGUUGCCGGUCUGUUGCAGUCCGUUAGCGAGAAUCCUCACGACUACGCAACAGAUGACGCAGGUACAACAUCCUCCAAAUGAUGAUGUUGCGAGAAAAGCCGAUUCGGAUUCUGACUUUUGCCUGGAAGAUCGCGAAAUGGAGCGACGCAGGACCAGUGUUCAGCCGACGAAUAUAAGGGGCUCUGCACGUAGAUCGCAGUUGUGAACGUGAUUUUCUUUUAAGAUUUAUUAUUUACCGAUUCUUCCCGAUAUUAUACAUACGUAUAUAUCUGUUUUCUCGGUGCUCUAUCUAUAUAUAUCUAUAUAUAUUUAAGUAUUAAAUUAUAUUUAAGCGUAAAUUAUAUUUAGCGUUAGUUGUGUAAGAGAUAUUUCUCAAGUCGCGUUAUUAGUUUCAACUUUCGCGAGCUCUAGACUUGAUUGGUCACUUAAUUUCUUUAACGUACACGUUUCUUCAUUAAGAUAUAUCUGGCAGUGAUAUUACACACACUUACGUUUGUAUUAACGCAAUUGCUACAUUAAUUAUAUUUUUAGAUAAAAAAAAAAGUCACAUACGCGCGAUGCCACAAACACGCAAUGUUCUUAGUUUUUAAGAAUCAUAAUUUAGGUGACAAAAGCACGAUCCUCGAUUGUUAUUAUUGUCUUCUUUAUUUGUUCAAAAUGAUCUUUUUCAAAUAACAAACUGUUGUGAGAAAAAAAGGAAGAAGGAUAAAAAUUGAUUAUUAAAAAAUCUAACAUUAGAGUCGAGAUGUUUUAUCUCUUGAGCUUAUGAUUUACUUUGUUGAUCUACAUUUAGAUUUUUGCAAGUGAAGUUGAUUUAACGUAGACGAAUUCGAAGUUUUUAUUAUCCUGAUGAACAUACAAUCGCUUUGUCCUCUGUAAAUAAUUACGACUCGUAUGAGUAUGUGUGUGUAUAAAACAAGCAUAAAAAAGUUACACAUGGAUGUUGAGCGUUGCGCGAGACGAUUCUUAAAACUGAUUCUUGAUUGUAUUGUUUAAUACUUUGUGGGACAGCUGGGGACUGUGAUGAUGAUGACGGGAGAAGUUAGUCCGGGACCACUACUGCUGCACACACGAGUCGCCCUGCCAGGUCAGGUCGGCAGACACUUGUAAUAUUUCCCUUUAGCGAAGUCGAGCUCAAUCAUUUUCGUUUUCUUACCUCAUUCGCUCGAGUCGCAUCCAGUCAGAAUCAGCUGCACGAUCAUUUUAAAAUUAUACGAUAUACGUAAAUGUUAAACCGGUUAAUUCGCGCUCUCUUCUUAAUAAAAUUAUUGUUUGCGUUAUACAUUUAAUAUAAAAUAUUAGAUUAUAAAUUAAUAAACUGUAAUUGUCUCGGAAAUUCUUCAUCCAGCUAAAUGUAACAAAAUGCUAUAGUAUAUAUUAAUCGUAAAAGGUCAAGACCGAUCGAUAUUCUAAUGUCACAACGUGCUGCUGAUUUUGAGAGCGAGCCCUUCUUUAAGUGAUGAAUAUCGAUCGAAGAUAGUGUUUUGCGUUAAACACAAGCAUCACGAUUGUAAAUGUUGGAACCGUUCAUAUUUAAAGUAUGAGGGCUUUUGUGGAGCUAGUCGUGCUUCCUUUUUAAUAUAAUUUGCCGAAAUAAAAAAAAUAGAGUACAUCUCUUCAUCGGGAAAGUUCCGUUAUAUAUUAUAGGUUUAUUGCUUUGCGCCAAGUAGUAGAUAGAUUAAUUUUGAUAUAAACAGUCAGGUAUCGUGUUGAUUACUUUUUUGUGAACUUUAAUUCAAAUAUUCUCACUUAUAUAGAUCAUUAUAUGUUAUAUAUAAUGUUAUAUUAUCUAUAUAUAAUGUGGAAAAAAUUGUUAAUACGUCGAUAAAAUAAAGAUGUAGCGUGAAAAUCGAUAUGCAUCGAAUAUAACGAUCUAAGAAAAACUAUAGAAUUCGAUGAAAAUUAAGUUAGCUUGUUAGAGAGAGACAUACGUAAUAAGAAUUGUAUAUAAACGAUUCUUAAACUUGAAAACUUUAUUAUAUAGAUUUGCUCAUAUAUCAUGAUUCUGUUGUAUCCCGCAUUAAUUUGUCAACGAGAAAGGAGAUGCGCGAGCAUAAGUGGAUCUUUCAGUCUCGUAGAACUACUUAAUUUUUAGAUACAUAUUUAGUACAAUCGUGGUGAAUUGACUUUGCCGUUCCGUACAAAGUAUUUUUAGCUACUCUUCAUGGAGUGCGGGGCACUCGGUCUCACACUGUUUACUGUUUAUAAUACUUUAAUGCUGCUACAACAGCGAUUCAUGCCAUUGCAACCAUGUCGGAAUGUAACGAGCGAAAAAUCGUACGAUUUCUUCCUUCUCCCUAUAUAUAGAUGUCGAAAAAAAUACUAAUUUAUUUCCUAUAUAACCGAGAAAAAAAUCCCAAUAUGAUUUCUUCGCUUUCAUCGUAAUUUAAUAUAUCAUUGCAUUGAAGGUCAGAAGUUUCAGAUGUAAUUCUUGAAGUUACAUCAUUUUAUAAGGCAAGUUUAUUUAGAUUUUUGUCAUUCAAUUUCUUUCAUAUUUAUCGGCUUUCUGGCAUUGUUACGUAAUUUCGAUCGCGGUAGAGUAAAACUAAAUGUCAUAUUCCUUCUCCCGGAAAAAAAUCUCUACCAGUUACAAGAUAAUUCUUAGAUAAGAAUGCGAGAGAGGACUCUUAAUUUAGUCGUUGGCUGUGAAGAUUUGAUAGAAUUGUUUUGCGAAAGUAGAAUGUAGAUAGGAAAGCGAAUCCCCUUAGAAUGGAUGUCUGAAUAGCGUUGUAUUUGCUAAGAACAAUGUAUGACUCGCGAAUUAAUUCUUCAAAAUAAACAUGUAUAUUACGGAAAAGAUUGUUUUUUAGACAAGUUAUUAUAUUGAUUUGUGUCGAUGUAAUGAGCAAAAUCGCAAUGUAAAGUGGUAUCGCUCCUAUGUAUAAACAUAUAUGUUUGUGAAUCCGGUGUAACGUGUAAUAAAAAAAAUUGCAGUGUAUGCAUACAAUGAGCAUAAUAACGUUGUGAUAUCAUGUACGACACUUUGCAAUGUUUAAUAAAGUAUUUGUAAAAAUAUAUAACAAAUUUA